UGUCAUUUCUCUUAGCGCGAGACAAGGAGAACAGUGGGGAGGUGAGAAAAACGCACGAGCUGUUCACCUGCUAAAACAGCACGCGGAAAAAAAAAGUUCAAAAUAGGAAAUAUGAAAACCAUCAUAAUCCAGGUAAGAUGGAUUGUUUGAGGGUAAGGAUGGACAUCUGUGCUGCAUGACUGUGUCUGCCUUUUCACCUAAUUUUAAAGCUUUAUGUUUUUGUAAAUGCAUGAAUGUGAUGCAAUUUCACACAUGAAGACAAGUUUACAGAAGUAUUUCUGUUGCAUUGUUGGUUGCAGCUACAUUUUUGUGAUUUGAUUAGAGAAUCUAUAUCUUCUGGCAUUCUGUCUGUUAUUGUUAUGUUAAUACUCCAGAAAAAAAGUACAAAAGCUGUCACAAUACUGGUAUCUUUUCAAAAGGUACUCCUUUGUAUCAUGAUUACCCCUAACAGGUGCAUAUAAGUACCUUUAAGGUAGGUUUUAGUAAUAAAGGGUACAACCUCAGUGACAUCUUUUGUACUGUACCUGCAAGAGUGUAUUUAUUGAGCACCAUGCAUAGGUUGUUUUUAAAUCACUGCUGAUUGAUUCCGAAGAUCUAUUAUCUUCUCAUCAUCCCCAGUAAGAGCACAAUGCUGACUCUUCCCUUUGAUGAUCCUGUCAUAAUGGACAGUCAAUUUGGGGCAAACUUUCCACGGGACUGCGUUGGUGAAAUGAAGGUCACUAAACAAGAGCCAUUUAAAAAGGAGGAGACGCUCUCCCACACGAUGGAGGACGAGGAUUCGGAGAAGGAUGAGGAUGAACGGGAAGACGGACAAGACGAGAAUGGUCUGCCUCGGAGGAGAGGGCCUCGGAAAAAGAAAAUGACCAAAGCCAGGGUGGACCGGGUCAAGAUGAGGCGCAUGGAGGCCAACGCCAGGGAGAGGAACCGAAUGCAUGGUCUGAACAAUGCCCUGGACAGUCUGCGCAAGGUGGUGCCCUGCUACUCCAAAACCCAGAAACUAUCGAAAAUCGAAACCCUGCGGCUGGCCAAGAACUACAUCUGGGCGCUUUCCGAGAUCCUGAGCACUGGGAAGAGGCCUGACCUGCUGACCUUCGUUCAGACCCUGUGCAAAGGGCUCUCGCAGCCCACCACCAACUUAGUGGCCGGAUGCCUGCAGCUGAAUGCCAGGAACUUCAUCACGGAUCAGAUCAACAGCGAGGCGUCGUUCUCCAGCAGGUCACCAUACGAAUCCGUGUACACAACCUACCACAGUCCGGGUGUGGUGACGCCCUCGGGACCCUCGGUAGAUGCGGUCAAACCCUUCAGGCCAUUCAACUACUGCAGCUCUUAUGAGUCUUUCUACGAGAGUGUCUCGCCGGAAUGCGGAAGCCCUCAGUUUGACGGUCCCUUAAGCCCGCCUAUUAACUUUAACGGGAUCUUUUCCCUCAAGCACGAAGAGCCGGUCGAAUACGGAAAGAGCUGCCACUACAGCACGCGCUACUGCGCCGUGCCGCCGCGCUCCUCCAUCAGCCAGAGCGCGAGAGGCUCCUCGGAUCUCCAUUUCCCAUAUGACAUUCACCUUCGCGGCCAGUUUUACCCCAUGCAAGACGAAGUAAACACUUUUCAUAAUUAAUGAGAGAAAGUCAAACGUGAGUGAAAAGGACUGAAAAUGCAGGACUUUCAAUUAUCGCACAUGUAUUAUUUAUAAAGUUUAUCUCUGAUUUGGGUUUUAAGCCAUCGGAUAUUUUAUUAUUUAUCCUUUUUAAUUAAAUGGAAAACGUUCUUGUUCCUAAUUAUAGAUUUUUUUUAACUGUUCGACAAAAUAUGUGAUCUGAUGGAAAAACAAUCCAUAAACUAUAACAGUGUUUUACGCAGAGUUUCUUGCUUAUUUU